ACAAUGGCUUUUUGCUUAUCAACGAAAGCUAGGAACCCAAGGAAUACAGUAGCAGCAACAAAUCUAGUGUUUGAAAUUCUUCCCUCCUCUACUGUAGAAGAAACAUGUACUGUUAAUCUAAAUAAAGAUGAUAAAAACAUGGAAUAUACAGAAACACAAGAUGUAAUGAAGACUGAAAUACAGGAAACUGUAGAGAAUAAACCUGUAUUUGAUCCUCAUUUACACACUGAGCUAAUCAUUAAACAUGACAAACAGAAUUCAGAUGCGGAAGAGAGCCAACCUGUAUUUGAUCCUGAUUUUCACACUGAGCUAAUCAUUAAAGAUGAAAUAAAGGAUUCAGGAGCAAACAUGGAUCAAGGAUUUGAAACGGAACCGAAGAGAACUAAGAGAAGUAAAGUGGGAUUUCCUUGUAAUAAAUAUAUAAUAGCGGAGGCUAAUAAAGAAGAGUUUGAGAUAAAAGAAGAGAAAGUUUCCAUCAAGGAAGAAAUUCAUCCCUCCUCUACUGUAGAAGAAACAUGUACUGUUAAUCUAAAUAAAGAUGAAGUAAAGAUGGAAUAUACAGAAACACAAGAUGUAAUGAAGACUGAAAUACAGGAAACUGUAGAGAAUAAACCUGUAUUUGAUCCUCAUUUACACACUGAGCUAAUCAUUAAACAUGACAAACAGAAUUCAGAUGCGGAAGAGAGCCAACCUGUAUUUGAUCCUGAUUUUCCUGAAAUAGAGGAUUCAAGAGCAAACAUGGAUCAAGUUUUUAAACCGGAACCGAAGAGAACUAAGAGAAGUAAAGUGGGAUUUCCUUGUAAUAAAUGUGAGUAUGUUGCAACUCGAACAAGUUAUCUGAAGGUUCAUAUUGAAAGUAAACAUGAUGGAGUGAGAUAUCCUUGUUCGCAAUGUGAGUAUGCUGCAACUACAGCAAGAUAUCUGAGGGUUCAUGUUGAAAAUAAACACGAAGGAGUGAGAUAUCCUUGUUCUCAAUGCGAGUUUAUUGCAACUUCUUCACAGAGGCUUAAGAGGCAUGCUGAAAAUAAACAUGAAGGAGUGAGAUAUCCUUGUUUGCAAUGUGAGCAUGCUCCAACUACAGCAAGUGAUCUAAAGAGACAUGCUGAAAAUAAACAUGAAGGAGUGAGAUAUCCUUGUUCGCAAUGUGAGCAUACUGCUACUACAGCACAUCAUCUGAAGGUUCAUGUUGAAAGUAAACAUGAUGGAGUGAGAUAUCCUUGUUCACAAUGUGAGCAUACUGCAACUACAGCAAGCCAUCUAAAGAGACAUGUUGAAAGUAAACAUGAAGGAGUGAGAUAUCCUUGUUCGCAAUGUGAGCAUACUGCUACUACUGCACAUCAUCUGAAGGUUCAUGUUGAAAAUAAACACGAAGGAGUGAGAUAUCCUUGUUUGCAAUGUGAGCAUACUGCUACUACAACAAAGGAUCUAAAGAGACAUGUUAAAAGCAAACAUGAAGGAGUAAGAUAUCCUUGUUCGAAAUGUGAGCAUACUACUACUACAGCAAGUGAUCUAAAGAGACAUGUUGAAAGUAAACAUGAAGGAGUGAGAUAUCCUUGCUCUGCAUGUGAGUAUGUUGCAACUAGAGCAAGCUAUCUGAAGGUUCAUGUAGAAAAAAAACAUGAAAUAGUGGGAUAUCCUUGUUCGUAAUGUGACCAUGCUGCUACUUCAGCUAGUGAUCUAAAGAAACAUGUUGAAAGUAAACAUGAAGGAGUGAGAUUUCCUUGCCCUGAAUGUGAGUGUGUUGCAUCUCGUACAAGUCAUCUGAAGGUUCAUAUUGAAAUUAAACAUGAAGGAGUGAGAUAUCCUUGUUCGCAAUGUGAGCAUGCUGCAACUACAGCAAGACAUCUAAAGGUUCAUGUUGAAAGUAAACAUGAAGGAGUGAGAUAUCCUUGUUCUCUUUGUGAUUAUUCUGGAACUAAAUCAUGUCAUCUGAAUAGACAUGUUGAAAGUAAACACAAAGGAGUGAGAUAUCCUUGUUCGCAAUGUGAGCAUACUACUACUACAGCACGUGAUCUAAAGAGACAUGUUGAAAGUAAA